AUGUCAAGCUUUUCUUCAUUCCUUCCAUCCAGGUUCUUGCCAUCGAUGUCUCCGGGACCCUCCUCUGGCAUACGCCGGAGCUCGCCAACAAGUGGUAGCACACCAGAUCCACUCUCUCAGCUCCGAUUCGCGCUGGAAACUAUGCCUGGCUCCCGAAAGUACGUGUUCACACCCGCUACCAGGGGUGACGUUCUGGCUGCACUAUACGACGCCUUCUGGGGCCAGUAUGCGCACAUGUUCCUCCCUCCGAAGCCCUCAAGUGGACCGAUGCGCACACUGCUCAGCGAGACUCAAGCGAGCUUGGGCAUCAAUGGGAAGGAAGACCCGAUCAUCCCGGGAAAGGCAUGCGGAAGGAUAUUCAGGAAGGGGGAAAGCUGCUUCAGAUGCAAAGAUUGCGCCCAAGACGAUAGCUGCGUUCUAUGUGCGCGAUGUUUUCACGCCACAGACCACACGGAUCAUAAUGUGAGCUUCUUCAUCGCCCAGCAAUCGGGUGGCUGCUGCGACUGUGGGGAUGAAGAAGCGUGGCGCAGCUGCAUCAACUGUCCCUUCCAUCCACCAGCGGGCGCGACUGUGUGCACGGAUCCACUUUCCUUUGAGACACCCAAAGCCGUUCCGAGGCCUCUAGAACCAAUGGAACCACCUCCCGAACCCGAACCAGCCCCAGUAUAUGCAGAAAUUCCGCCGCAGUUAAUCCACACAAUGCACCUUACCAUAGCAUAUGCUCUCUCGUUCACGCUUAAUACCCUCUCAUAUUCGCCUCCCGAACCAUCAUUGCCCACUCUCCCUCCCACUGCAGACCCUAUGAUGAAGGAGGAUCUUUACGCCCUCGUCGUUUGGAACGACGAUAAGCACUCUUUUACCGAGGUCGUCAAUCUCCUGACGGAUUCCGCAGCCCCAGCGCACCUCAGUACCUCAUCGCUUCCUUCUAGGGGACGCUCGUACGAAGAAGCGCUAGCUCUUACGCAGGAAAUUGACACCACUGGUCGCGCGACCAUUGAAUUGAGUUCUAACGUUGUUAGAUUGCUCGAUAUAGCACAAGGCAUGGCCCAGAUUGACCUUGGUGUCACCGUUCGACGCGCAUACGAUACUUUCAGGGAGCAAGUUGUGAGCGUCAUUAUGGAAUGGCUCGUAGAUCUGAGUCGGGUGCGGAUCGUCAACUUCGGCGAGGACGGAGACACCGCUCAGAUAGAUCCGACAAAGGGUGCAACUUGCCUUCGAGAGAUCAUUGCAGAGGAACUUCUCAGUCCCCGUCGGGGAGAAAGCGCAGGAACCAGCGGCAGCUCAGAAUUUGGGAGCUACGGUCGGCUACAGUGGCUGUUCCUGUAUCACACCAGACUGUGGAAGAAGCCGAGAUUAAGUCUAAAGGAGAUUUACGCUUCGAUUAUCAGUUUGGGUCGGACACAUAAAAUCGCGAUGGCAUCCCAGUUCGCUCAGACUUAUCCUCCGAUUAUCGACGCGUAUCUCCUAACCGAUCGUGAAGCAGAAACAUCCAUCAAAUACUUUGCUCUGCAGCUUUUCACCGUCCCUUCAGUCGCCCUCCACGUCGCAACGCAACAUCGGCUUAUAGAAAAGUUGCUGGCCAUCAUAGAAGCCUUCUUCCUGGGUCAGAUACGCGCGAAGAAAAUCAUUACUAGUUUUUCUCCUCUCCAAGUCAACAACGGGUCGAACGAGAACAUGCCCGCUCUUCCGUCUACAAGCGGACCGUUGGAGGUUGACUCCGCGCCCUUUAGGUCGAAGCGAUUCAUGCCCAUCUUCAGCGACCUCCGGUAUCUAGCCCACACUCCACCACUCCAGGCAUUGAUUGCCUCAUACCCCGCCGUCCCCCCAGGCUACUGCACACAACCGAUGCUAUCCUCCUUCAUCAACACCUGUCAAAUGUUCAUGUGCUUGAACCCGAAUCGCAGGUUGGGAGCGGAGCAGGGUCAUGUCGAAUACGAGACAGACGCGUGGAUUAGUGUGUUCAAUGUUGCGUUGAGCUUGUCCCGCGUGAUCAGAGUAUAUGGCGAAGCUUUCGGAGGGGGACGUGCCCCUGCUUCCGGGCUCAUCGCGGCAAUCAACGCGGUCAUGCAUAGAAUUCUACUCGUCUGCACGUUGAUGGACGUCGAGGAACGUCUCGAUAGGACGAAAUUUCAUAACGUAGAAUUUCAUGAAGUAGCGUUUGGGACGGGCCAAAUCAUAGGCGAGCCGCGCAGCCCCCUCGAUCUCGGGCAACGAUGGCGGAUUGUCAAGUUCGACGUUCUAGAAGGUUGGGUUAGUUUCCACCACCCACUCCAUUGGCUUCUGGCGGAACUAUUCAAGCAUGUGGCGGUACUCUCGCAAGAUAAUCUGUUACUUCUGGGAGAUGGGACUAUUCGGAAAGCCUUGGAUAUCCAUGCAAGUGAACAAGCAAUUCUGACCGUUAUCGACUUUCCCCUUAGAGUGAUCACAAUGGUUGCUCAAAUUCGGACGGGACUGUGGGUACGGAAUGGGUUUGCCAUCCGCGGCCAACUUCUCCAUUAUCGAGAUUUCAUGCUCCGCGAACUGUGCUACGACCAAGACCUCUACAUUCUUCAGGUUGCCUUUGCGCUCAUAGCGGACCCGUCAUUAGUCCUCGUCACCAUUUUGGACCGUUUCGGGCUCCUGCACUUCUUCUCCGGAGCCACGUAUCACUCAACGUAUGACCCUUCUCAAUUAGGAUGCAUGGUGGAAGAACUGCUAUACGUCAUGAUCACCGUACUCAGCGAGAACGCAAAUGCCUCGGGAAUGAGCGUCGAAAUGGCGGCCAGGCGCGAAGUCAUCCAUGCCCUUGCCAUGGGACCUUGUUCGUUCACGGAUCUGGUCAAACGUGUCUCGGAGCGACUCACCGAUCAUGUCUGCUUUGAACGUGUCCUCAGGGAGGUGGCCAAUUUCCGACCUCCUGAAGGAGUCAGCGACACGGGUGUUUAUGAAUUAAAAGACGAAUGGUACGAUGAAGUCAACCCGUUCUUCUAUCAUUAUACCAGGAAUAAACGUGAAGAAGUGGAAAAUGUCUUGAAGGCCAGGCUGAAGAAGAAGGGCAUGCCAACGGAUGGACCGGAUUCUGUCAUCGUCCCAAAGCCUCUGGGGAUCAUAAGCGGACCCUUUGUCGUCCUUGCAAAUGCCUUCGAGUCGCAAGUCUUCCUCCAAAUCCUCUUCUAUGGCUUGUAUAAUAUUUUAGCCGCAACCGAGGAAACUGAAUCGCCCCCUCCAUCAGCGGAAGCCAACCUCGAUCAGACGCUCCAUCUCAUUAUGCUCGCUCUCGUUGAACGACCGGACGCGUUUAGCCACAUCGCAUCAACCCUUGCGUUUGAAGAGCACAAAUCCCUUAUUGAUGUACUCUGUUCGUUGGAGCAUCACGACAAAUACAAGCCGUACCAAGCCCGUUCGCAAUGGAUUCUGAACAGAUUAUCUGACUACGCUCCUGCCGAAGUAAAGAGCCGACGACAUAUCUCUGAUGAUUCAGCACCGAAAAGCGACUCAGAGGAUGCACGCAAGCGGGCAGCAAAGGCUAGGCAAGCAGAUAUCAUGCGCAAGAUGAAGGCGCAACAAGUUAAAGUUGCAAUGAAUUUUGACGAUUUAGAUGACGAAGACAUGGAUGACGAAGCUGAGGACGAAGUCUCUUACGGCACCUGUAUUGUUUGUCAGGAGGACCUCAACGCUACAAAGGCCUUUGGCAUGCUCGGUUUGAUCCAACCAAGUCGUUUCAUUCGUCGCCAUCCGGAUAGCCACAAUGGCUAUCUUAACGAAGUCCUGCAGAUGCCUACAUCCCUCGAUCGUCCAGCGUCUAAUGGUCUAGCCGCCAUAUUCCCCCCUCCGCGGGCGGAUGCCCUCGACCUUAAAGCACGAGCAUCCCCAAAUUUCGAAGGAUUCCCAUCUCAGUUCACGCGAUUCGGCCUCCACGCCUCCGUUUGUUCGCACCUGAUGCACGUAGAUUGCUUCCAAGAUUACAACGUGUCAAUUCGCCAACGGCAUCGGGCUCAGGCAACUCGAAAUCAUCCCGAGAGCAUCCCUAGGAAAGAGUACAUAUGUCCAUUGUGCAAAAGCUUGGGGAAUGUUAUCCUCCCCGUAUCCAGCCCUUCGACUAGUUCUCUCAACACCGUCCCCUUCCCAGACUGGAUACGAGCAGCAGGUAUUGGGAUCCUCAAAUCAAAACCUGACCCGCAGAUGGAGUCACUCCAAUUUCGCAACGGGACCGGUGAAUUUGUGUUUUGGAGUGCACAGGAUAUAGGAUACGCUAGUGCCCUACGUGCUGACCGGGGCACCAGUGGCGAGAGCACUAAGAUGGUGGAUACGGUCAUGGUGACUGCGAAAAGCAUUUCUCAACAAACUCGCCACCUGAGAGAUCGCCCAGAACCAGACCCUGGCGAACGCGGAGCUGGGAUAUAUCUUCCUGAAGAACUCAUUGGCUACACACUUGCUUCUUUCGAAAUCGCUCAACGAGGUUCCGACUCGACGGGUAGCGGCAUUUUGGCCGACAAGAUAUCCGAAGCACAGACUAGGAUGAUUCGUAGCCUUCUCACAUGUCUCACCAAGCUUGCUUCACUUCACUUCAAACUUAGACCAGAUGAGGGCCGCGAGGCAAUCCGGCAAGCAAUCAUAAAACGACUUCUCCCGGAAUGGAGUCGGACCUCCCUUACUCCCUUCUCGUAUCCACUUCUUUUGCGAGAUCCAUUGACAGUGUUAAUCGAGACUGCUGCAAUCGCGCCGGAGAUGCUCAGACAUGUUCUAAUCUUGACCUACUAUGCCUGUUUAGCUCGGACGGUGAUUGGCUUGGUCUAUGUCCUGAACAAAACUAGAAGCUACUCAACAACGCAAAUCAACCGUCGCGCUCACGAAGACAUAUUUGGCGACAUUCGCAUGUUCUUCAUGUGCGUCGUUCGCCAUUCCCCAGUCUUCGAACAUACUGCUACCCUUGUCUUCGAAACCUUUGGCGAGGGUCGUAUCGAGAAAUUGAUGUAUGCGUUCACCCUUCCCUUCCUCCGACGCGCUGCUAUCCUUUGUCGGUCUGUGCUCCCUGGCGCUUUCGCGACGCCGGCCUACAGUGACAACGAGCCCCUCGAGUAUAAGCGCCUGUUGACAAUGCUUGGUAUUCCCCCACUCUCGGAUCUUCCGAACCAAGACACCUUACAGAACGCAUUAUCUGGGUGGUGUGCCCAUUAUGGUCAUUCCCAUGCUGCAUCUCAGCUCAACUGUGGGGUGGUUCUGGACUAUCCGGAUGUAUACCGCCUCGCUCGUUUACCUCUUGUCCUCGACAACCUUUUCACCGACCAAGAGAAGGCUCUCACCUGCCCGCGGUGUAACACUGUACCUCUGGAUGCUGCUAUUUGCCUGCUUUGUGGGGUGACAUGCUGCAUGCAGAGCCACUGUUGUACAGACUACGAAUACAACGACAGAGGAGAAUGUAACAUGCAUACCCGAGACUGCGGCGGCGUCAUUGGUAUAUACUUUCUUGUCAAACGUUGCUCCCUCCUUUACCUCUACGCGAAUAACGGAACGUUUGUACAAUCACCUUACCUUGAUGCCCAUGGAGAAAUUGACAUUUCGAUGAGGCGCGGGCGUCGACAAUAUCUACAUCAUGCGAGAUGGGAAGACAUACGCAAGACCUGGCUAAACCAUGGAAUACCAACAUCAGUUGCUCGCAAGCUAGAAAGUACGUUAGACAGCGGCGGAUGGGAAACAUUGUAA